UGUAUUGCAUUAAGACAAUUAAACCAGAGAAACAAAAUCGUAAAACUAUUGUCUAAGACAAAAAGAAAACAAACGAUGAAGUCACAAACAGUUUUAUUCUUCAUAUUCAUGUUCUCCAUCUUUGCUCUACAUCAAUGCAUGGAGCAGGUGGAUGUUAGAGGAGCAGAGAGCGGGAGCAAGCUCUUUAUACCAAACUGUGUUCCUGCCCAAUGCGGAGAAACUUUCUUCAAAUGGGAUUGUUGGUGUUGUUUUCAUAGGCUAAACAUUUGUUUCCAUCACCAAAAAUCAUGCAAUUCCAGCCCCCGUUGUCCUCCUGUUAAGUUUACACCCUUAGAAAAUUAAUGUGCAACUCUCACAUCUAUGAAAUGAAAUCAUUCGAUUAUCAAAAAAAAAAAAAUGUGUAUGCUAAAAUUAUAUAAUAUCUAUUUUUCAUGUACUAUAAGAGAGAUUUUUCACCAUUUAUUGAGUACCAGAUAAUAAUUA